UCUCUCUCUCUCUCUCUCUCUCUCGUUAGAUUAACGUCAUCAUGGAAUUAAAAAGACUUUCAUUCCGUUUCAGUAAAGCUGGCUGUAGCGUUUAAAUAAAAGAGACGUGUUUCUGAUGUGCGGCAGCGGUUGAGAUCUUUGUAAGGAUGGAGGACGGAGAGCAGCUCGCGCGCCGCGGAGACGCCACUAUCGGUCGCGCGAGUCAGGAGCAGACGGAGCUGCGCCCGGAACCGGUGGCGCGUGACGAAACAGCAGAAGCGGGAGUGCGAGACACGGCCACGGUGGAGCGGAGACAUCCACGCAGCUGCCACGACGCUGUCAGACAGAGAGGCACUGAGGUCAGCAACUUGGCAAACCUCAGCACCCACGAUACAACACUGGAUAAAGUGCUACUGCGUGAGGAGGUGCUGGCUCUGCAGGAGGAGGUGGCUGAGCUGAAGCGGAUGAAGGAGUUGCUGAAUAAGGAGCUGGAGGAGUGUGGGGGUGGUUGUUCUGCUGAGCUGCUCUCUGCCGCUGAACUUCGAGUGCAGCUCUCCUACCGAGAGCGAGACCUGGACCGUGCCAGCGAGGCUCUACAGGCGAUGAAGGCGGACCGGAAGCGUUUGAAGAUGGAGAAAGCCGAGCUGGUGAAUCAGAUGCAGCAGCUGUAUGCAACGCUGGAGAGCCGGGAAGAACAGCUCCGAGACUUCAUCCGCAAUUACGAGCAGCACCGCAAAGAGAGUGAGGAUGCAGUGAAAGUGUUGGCUAAAGAGAAGGACCUGCUGGAGAGAGAGAAGUGGGAUCUGCGGCGUCAAACUAAAGAAGCCACCGAACUCGCGGUUGCACUAAGAUCCGCACAGGAGCUGAAAGAGAACAGAAUCAAAGAGCUGGAGGCAGAACUUUCUAUGAUGAGUAACUAUGUGGCCCAGAAACUCGAGUGUCAGCUGUUUGUUCGAGCUCCCGAAAAGCCAGUCUCCCCCAGAAACAUGUCGGCUAAGCAGUCUUUGGCAACGCUCACUAAGGACGUUCCUAAGCGCCACUCUCUGGCCAUGCCCACAGAGGCUGUCGUCAAUGGCAACCAGGAGUGGGUGAUGCAUGCGGAGAUGCCUCUUACUGCAGCCAUCCGUCAGAGUCAACACAGCCUUUACCACACUCUCGACAGACAUGUGUUAAAGGCCGUACCACAGUGUGUGUGUGAUGUUGAAGGAGUGUGUGUGGCGCACGCCUCCGGCAGCCUCCGCCUCAGUCCCUGUCACUCACGGCAAACGUCGAUGAUGUCAGACGCCUCUGCAAUGGAGGGCGAGCGUUCAUCCACGCCGUCUGAGCUCAACUCCCCACGACACAGAACGCACUCUCUCUGCAACUCUUUAGAAGAUCUAGAGGACCAGAAAAGGAGAAAGAAGAAGGAGAAGAUGGGUUUGAGCUCUCUGUCACGUGUGUUUGCCCGAGGAAAACAGAGGAAGUCUCUCGACCCUGGCCUUUUCGACGACUCGGAUAGCAUGUCCAGCCCGGGCCGUCUGAGUGCGAGCCUGUCGGACGGUGAGGAGCAGCUUGACAAACUGCAGCAGGUGGAGCUGGCGCGGACGGUGCCCAUGUCCCGGUGGCGAGCUGGCACUGUUCAUGCCUGGCUCGAGGUCAUCAUGGCCAUGCCUAUGUACAGCCGUGCUUGUACAGACAACAUCAAGAGUGGCAAGGUGAUGUUAGCCUUAACUGACACAGAUCUGGAAGCUGGUUUGGGGAUCAGCAACUCUAUGCAUCGCAGAAAACUGCUUCUGGCCAUAGAGGAUUACAGACAGGCUGAGCUGGGACAUGGACUGUCGUAUGCUGCGGAUCUUGACCACCACUGGGUGGCGCAGGCAUGGCUAAAUGACGUAGGUCUGCCGCAGUAUUCCCAGUUCUUCCACACACACUUGGUCGAUGGACGCCUUCUGAGUACGCUCACACGAGCCGACCUGGAAAGGCACCUGCAUGUGUCCAAAAAAGCCCAUCAGACAAGUCUGCUGCUGGGAAUCCAGCUCCUACACAUUCUUAACUUUAACAAAGAGCUUCUGCAAGCAAGGCGAGCAGACUGUGAGACCCAGAACUCUGACCCUCUGGUCUGGUCUUGCCAGCGCAUUAUUAAAUGGCUCAGAGACAUCGACCUGAAGGAGUUUGCUGGCAGCCUACAGAACAGUGGUAUUCAUGGUGCUGUCAUUGUGCUUGAUCCUUCAUUUAACACAGACUCCAUGGCAACAGCGUUAGGUAUCUCUGCAAGCAAGCACAUGGUCCGUCAGCAUCUAAGUGAAGAAAUGAAGGCCCUACUUGCUACUGCAAGACUAGAUGUUGAGCAAGAAGUUGAGACCAUGGGAAUUCCACCCACUAUGUCCCGUCAGAGCUCUCUGGGACGCUCGACGAUAAGCCACCAUGAUGGUCAACACUCCUUCAGACAACUCAAACUCAGGCCAGAAGUAAGUUUCAAUAUGAAGAGUCACAUUGGAGCCACAUCUCUAAAUGCUAGCAGUGAGGACGUCAGACCCCAGCCAGAAAACAGUCCAGCCAGAAAACCCUCUGCUGCUGACCUCUAAUCCUAGCUCUAUAAUUCUGAGACAUGGUCCAAAGCCAUAAUGAGACCCAUCUCAAGGUUUUAAGCUGUAAUCAAAUGUUGUUGAUGACAAAACAGAGAUUUAUCUGAAUUUAUACUUGUCAGUUGCAACCUUUCCUCUGGACAUUUUUUAUGAAAAUGUUAUUAACUGUUUUGUAACACUAGUGCUGAGGUUUGUUUUGUAUUGUUAAAUUCAUAAAGUCGCAUAAAUAAAUGUGGAGCUUUGUAAAUAGCAUGAAAGAAUUGCAAAAUUUA